UGCUUUACGCCCGCGGAGCUUGGAACAAAGCCAGCAGUGUUGGCUCCCAGCCAUGCAUGGCCGAAGGGCAAGGCGAGCAAGAGCUCCCGGACUUUGGAGAGGGCUCCUACUGGGAGGAGCACUAUGUGAAAGCAGCUGCGGAGGGAGAGGAUGUCUAUGAUUGGUUGGUGGGGUGGACGCAGCUGCAGUGGAUUUUGGAGCCCUUGAUGGGCCGCGAUCCCCGCUGCGCGGUGCUGCACCUGGGCAACGGCAACUCGCCUCUGCCUGAGGAGAUGUUUGACGCUGGCUACAAGGACCAGACCGCCGUUGAUAUAUCCGAGGCAGCAACUUUGCACAUGGCAGCGCGUAAUCGACAACGGGCAUCCAUCCGAUGGAUUACUGCAGACUGCCGGAACUUGAUUCAGAUUCCGAGCGACCACUACCCCUUGGUGGUGGACAAGAGCACAUUGGACGCAUUCUUUUGCAACGACCAGCACGCGCUUGCGAUCAUGGAGUUCCUUAAGGAGGCCUAUCGCGUCACUGCAACGGGGGGCACCUUUGUCUCAGUCUCCAUGCAUCGGCCCAAGGCGGUUUUGCCUUGGCUCCGUCACCGGCUCUUUCGCUGGAGGAUGAUUCGCGCCAGGGGCGGCCGAGGUGCCACAUCUACAUUUGCCGCUCAGCCGCAUUGGGAAGAGGACUUUCCAGGCGGCAACAAGCGCUGCAAGGCCGAUGAGUCUUUGGAAGCGCACUGGCCCCGGAUCUUUCAGCAGGUGACACUACACCCAGACUCGGACCUUUCUAGUUCCGACGAGAGCGAUUCUGAGGAGGAUUGAUUGGAGAACGCGCGGAAAAAGCGACAGCUCUCCCUGGGCAUAGAUCUCCUUGCUUGAAACAACCAUGGGCUGCUGAGCCGAGGGCCGAUCUUUUUUCACCAGGUGCAGUUUAGAGUCGGUCAGAACUUUGAGCUGCAGUCUUGUUGUGACAAAGUGGCAGGCGUGUUGUCCAGUCGGGCAGUGAUUGGCGGA